CACCAACCGUAAAUAACGAGGAAAACCACCCCAAAAUUCCCAUUUUCCGCUCCCUGAGAAAACUCCCCUCCUCCUCCUCCUCCUCCUCCUCCCUCUCCGAUCGGCUCUCCCGUCGAAAUUCUCCGGCGACCUUCCGGCGACCCUCCGAUUCACCCGACGGUCGGAUUUUUUAGGGCGCGAUGAGCCAGGUGUUCGAGGGGUACGAGCGCCAGUACUGCGAGGUGUCCGCGAAUCUGUCGCGGAAAUGCACGGCGGCCGCCGCCCUUAACGGAGAGCAGAAGAAGCAGAAGCUUUCUGAAAUUAAAGCUGGCUUGGAUGAUGCCGAAGCCCUGAUUCGGAAAAUGGACCUUGAGGCGCGCAGUCUGCAGCCAAGUGUCAAAGCAACGCUUCUUGCCAAGUUAAGGGAAUAUAAAACUGAUCUGAACAAUUUGAAGACCGAAGUAAAACGACUUACAUCUCCAAAUGCUAAUCUGGCUGCCAGAGACGAUUUGCUGGAGUCGGGCAUGGCAGAUGCAAUGAUGGUUUCUGCUGAUCAAAGGGGGAGACUGUUGAUGUCAACAGAAAGAUUAAAUCAUUCAACUGACAGAAUUAAAGAAAGUAGAAGGACAAUGCUUGAAACAGAGGAACUUUGCGUCUCAAUUCUUCAAGAUCUACAUCAACAACGCCAAUCCCUUCUGCAUGCUCAUAACAAUCUUCAUGGGGUGGAUGAAAAUAUCGGCAAGAGUAAAAAGAUUUUGACUGCCAUGUCAAGAAGGAUGAGCAGGAACAAGUGGAUCAUUGGCUCCAUCAUUGCGGCCCUCGUCGCUGCCAUUAUUCUGAUCCUUUAUUUUAAGCUGCGUUGAUGUCAUCGCGUGGUGGAGACACGUCCCUAUCUGCUCAAUUGUUGAUGGCUUUUCCAUGGUGUGAAUGUUGCUAAUACUUGCAAAUUUUUUGUCUUCUUAGAGCAUGAUGGUGUAUGUUUUUGCUGAGCUGAGUCUUUAUUUGUGUAAUCAUCACCAUUUUGCCGACCUUUUCCUUACUUAAAAGUGCAAAUAGUCACAAGCUUCUGUCAGUUUAUGCACACUGCAGACUCCAUUUUUCCUGGCCUAAGGUCUUUUCUCAUUAUC